CCGACAGUCAUGGCAGGACAAGCAUUUAGGAAGUUUCUUCCUCUGUUUGACUGGGUGUUGGUCGAAAGGAGUGCAGCCGAAACUGUAACCAAAGGAGGCAUUACACUUCCAGAAAAGUCUCAAGGAAAAGUAUUGCAAGCCACCGUAGUGGCCGUGGGAUCAGGCUCUAAAAGAAAGGGUGGAGAGAUUCAGCCAGUUAGUGUGAAAGUGGGUGAUAAAUAUGGAGGCACCAAAGUAGUUCUAGAUGACAAGGAUUAUUUCUUAUUUAGGGAUGGUGACAUUCUUGGGAAGUUUGUAGAGUGAAUAUAUCACUGAAAUGGCAUCAUGUGAAGCUGCACAUUCCAUGCAAGUUCUGAGAUCUUUCAUCAUGUAA